AUGGCCACCAACAAGGCAUCUGUUCUGAAAGAUGUCGUUGCUUAUGUGGAUGUGUGGUCAUCAGACAAAACUGAAAACUUUUCAGAACCAUUUAUUCUUAAACUGGAAGAAAUGGGGGCUCAGGUGAAAAAAAGAUUUUCCAAACACGUCACCCAUGUAAUUUUUAGCUAUGGGCAUCCUGCCACGUGGAGGAAUGCUAAAAAGGACAAUGUGAAGCUUGUCUCAGUUUUGUGGGUCAACAGAUGUUAUGAAGAGGCAGAGAGAGUUAAUGAGGAUUUGUUUCCAGCUUUAAGUGAAACCAAUCCAGCUUUAUUAAAUAAAAAACAUCGAUGCAUGCAGCCCAAAGAUUCACCUGAAAGAACCCCCAACAGUGACAAACGUAUGAAAAAAAAACUAGACAAAAUGAUGAAGAACGUCACUCCUUCAAUGCCACUUUUUAAAGAGUUUUCACCAAUUAUUAUUGAUGAAGAGAGUGGAAUUAUUUACAGCCCAGCUUUUAAGAGGUCUGAUUACAUGGCUCGACGUUUAAAGGAAAGAAAAGAAGAAAAUGAUCAUAUUUCAGAAUCUCAAAUCAAAUCGCCCUCUGACCGGAAACCUUCUCUUGGGAACUCGCCGACUGUCUUCAAAUGUCCUUAUAACCAGUCUGAUGAUGAAGCUGGUCCUUCUGUAGCCGAAACGGGCAUGAGUGCACCUUCCACCACGCAGCGAAAACAACCACCCCAGUGUGUCAAGCAAACAAAGUCAGAAGACACAGAUGCUGCUUUGGAGUCACAUGAAAAACCUGACUGCAGUCUUCGGAGUGACUCUGUGACCAGAAAUGAAGAUGCACUUGCCAGUGAGUUAACGCGGACUGAAUGCACAAGUCUCCAGAUGAUGGCCCCCACAACAAGGGUGGAAAGAACACUGGUCAUGACAAGUAUGCCCACAGAUAAACAGAGCAUGGUGGUUCAGGUGGUCAAGGCGUUGGGUCAAUUCACUCUCGUGGAUGAAGUUUGUGCGAGUACGACUCAUGUGGUGUCAGGCGGUCAUCGGAGGACCUUGAAUAUCCUCUUGGGCAUAGCUCGAGGCUGCUGGAUUCUGUCUUAUGAGUGGAUUCUUUGGAGCUUGGAGAAAAGGCAUUGGAUUCCAGAGGAGCCCUAUGAACUCUCAGAGCAAUUUCCUGCCGCACAGGUUUGCAAAACUGAUUCCUUCAAGAAAUGCUGA